AUGUCUCCUCCGUACGGCGCCGAAACGACAGGCGAGCAGCUUGUCCAGGACUUCGCCAGUCAGAUCAAAGGGAAAGUGAUACUGACCACUGGCGUCUCCCCCGGAGGCCUAGGAGCCUUCUUCGUUGAAACCAUAUCGAAGGCCCAACCCGCCCUACUAAUACUCGCUGGUCGUGACACUACCAAAGUCCAAAAGACUGCCGACACCAUCACAGCAGCACACAAGGACGUAAAAGUACGCGUUCUAAAACUAGACCUCGCCUCACUUAAGCAAACUCGGGAGGCCGCCGCUACAGUGAAUUCAUGGACCGAUAUCCCGCAUAUCGAUAUGCUGAUGAACAAUGCCGGAAUUAUGGCCUGCGAUUACGGGAAGACCGAGGAGGGAUUCGAGAGGCAGUUUGCGACGAACCAUCUUGGCCCUUUCCUGUUUACGAACCUGAUCAUCGAGAAGUUGCUCGCAGCUAGCAAACCGAGGGUCGUGGCAGUCAGUAGUGACGGGCACCGAUUAGGUGCGAUUCGAUUCGCUGAUUACAACUUCGGGGAUGGCGAGACUUACAACAGAUGGCGAAGCUACGGCCAAUCUAAAACAGCGAACAUGCUUAUGGCUCUCUCCUUGGCCGAGAAGCUGGGGAAGCGUGGGCUCAAUGCAUACAGCUUGCAUCCCGGCGUUAUUAUCACCAAUCUAGGCGCGAAGUUGGAUUGGGACGCUGACUUUGGUGACCUUCGCAAAUUGGACAGGGUACAGGGCAACAGGGAGGGCUGGAGCGACUUCAAGUUCAAAACGGGCGACGGAGGCAGUGGUGUCGCGACACACGUCUACGCAGCGUUUGACCCAAGCUUGUCAGGUCACAAUGGCGCGUAUCUACAGGACUGCCAUGUUGGAGAUCCGUGGACGGAUACGGUGAAGCCGUGGGCGACAAGUGGUGUUGAGGCGGAGAGGUUAUGGGUAUUGAGUGAGAAGCUAGUUGGGGAGACGUUCAAGUACUGA